GUGUGGGGGGGGCGGUGACCCGACUCUGGGCAGGCGGGAGAAUAGAGCCGCGGACCUCCGAGGGGAAUCUCAGAGCGCAGACCUUGAGAGGACGCGAAACUGACCAAGGCUGGGGACCAGAAGCCGAUCUGCGCAGCGGGGCUCAAUUACGCGGCCGGCUGGAGUGUUUUCCAGUGGCGCAGGGAGCAGGUGAACAGGUUCUCACCCCCAGCUCCACGCCCUCACGCUCUCUCAGCCCGGCCCUCGCUCCCGCUCGCAGCCAUGGGCCCCGGCUCGCGCCGCGCCACGCGCGUUCAGCGCCCGAUGCUCUGCGCGCUCGCCUUGAUGGUGGCCGCCGGCGGCCGCGUCGCCUCCGCCUUCAACCUUGACACCCGAUUCCUGGUGGUGAAAGAGGCCGGGAACCCGGGCAGCCUCUUCGGCUACUCGGUCGCCCUCCACCGGCAGACGGAGCGGCAGCAGCGCUACCUGCUUCUGGCUGGUGCCCCCCGGGACCUUGCUGUGCCUGAUGGCUAUACCAACCGGACCGGUGCUGUGUACCUGUGCCCACUCACUGCCCACAAGGACGACUGUGAGCGGAUGGACAUCACAGAGAAAAGUGAUCCUGACUAUCACAUAAUUGAGGACAUGUGGCUGGGGGUGACUGUGGCCAGCCAGGGCCCUGCAGGCAGAGUCCUGGUCUGUGCCCACCGCUAUACCCAGGUGCUGUGGUCGGGGUCAGAGGACCAGCGGCGUAUGGUAGGCAAGUGCUACGUGCGGGGCAAUGACCUACAGCUGGACCGCCAUGAUGAGUGGCAGACCUACCACAACGAGAUGUGCAACAGCAACACUGACUACCUGGAGACGGGCAUGUGUCAGCUGGGCACCAGCGGUGGUUUUACCCAGAACACUGUGUACUUUGGCGCUCCUGGUGCCUACAACUGGAAAGGAAACAGCUACAUGAUUCAGCGGAAGGACUGGGAUUAUUCUGAAUACAGUUACAAGGACCCGGAGAACCAAGGAAACCUCUAUAUUGGGUACACAAUGCAGGUGGGCAGCGCCAUCCUACACCCCAAGAACAUCACCAUUGUGACGGGUGCCCCGAGGCACCGACAUAUGGGUGCUGUCUUCUUGCUGAGCCAGGAGGUAGGCGGAGACCUGCGGAGGAAGCAGGUGCUGGAGGGCACGCAGGUGGGCGCCUAUUUUGGCAGCGCCAUUGCUCUGGCAGACCUGAACAAUGAUGGGUGGCAGGACCUUCUGGUGGGUGCCCCCUACUACUUUAAGCGGAAAGAGGAAGUAGGGGGUGCCAUCUAUGUUUUCAUGAACCAGGCAGGCACCUCCUUCCCUGCCCACCCAUCCCUCCUUCUUCACGGCCCCAGUCGCUCUGCCUUUGGCUUCUCGGUGGCCAGCAUUGGUGACAUCAAUCAGGACGGAUUCCAGGACAUUGCUGUGGGAGCUCCGUUUGAGGGCUCGGGCACAGUGUACAUCUACCAUAGCAGCUCCCGGGGGCUCCUCCAACAGCCCCAGCAGGUAAUCCAUGGAGAGAAACUGGGACUACCUGGCUUGGCCACCUUCGGCUACUCCCUGAGUGGACGGAUGGAUGUGGAUGAGAACUUCUAUCCGGACCUGCUAGUAGGGAGCCUCUCAGACCGCAUCGUGCUUCUGCGGGCCCGGCCUGUCAUCAAUAUCCUUCAUAGGACCUUGGUAGCCAGGCCAUCCGUGCUGGACCCCGCGCUCUGCACAAACAUCUCUUGUGUGCAGGUGGAGCUGUGCUUUGCUUACAACCAGAGUGCCGGGAACCCCAACUACAGGCGAAACAUCACCCUAGCCUAUACAUUGGAGGCUGACCGAGACCGCCGCCCUCCCCGCCUUCGCUUUGUGCAGAGCCAGUCAGCUGUCUUCCAUGGCUACUUCUCCAUGCCGGAGACACGCUGCCAGACGAUGGAGCUGCUUCUGAUGGACAAUGUUCGUGACAAACUCCGUCCCAUCGUAAUCUCCAUGAACUACUCUUUACCUUUGCGAAUGCCCGAGCGCCCCCGUCUGGGGCUGCGGUCCCUGGACGCCUACCCGGUCCUCAACCAGGCACAGGCUCUGGAAAACUACACUGAGGUCCAGUUCCAGAAGGAGUGCGGGCAGGACAACAAGUGCGACAGCAACUUGGAUAUGGAAGCGGCCUUCGUGUCAGAGCAGGGGAGGCCCAUGAACACGCUCCACUAUAGCAAAGACGGCCGGAAAUUGCUCCUGAGCAUCAACGUGACCAACAACCCGAGCCGUGAGCGCACUGGGGAAGACGCCCACGAGGCACUGCUUACCCUGACAGUGACUCCGGGCCUGCUGCUGUCCUCAGUGCGCCCUACUGGGGCCUGCCAGGCCAACAAGACCAUCCUUUGUGAGCUGGGGAACCCCUUCAAACGGAACCAGAGGAUGGAGCUGCUCAUUGCCUUUGAGGUCAAUGGGGUGACCCUGCACACAAAGAAACUCGAGGCGCAGCUGCAGCUCUCCACGUCAAGUCAUCAGGACAACCUGUUUCCCAGGAACCUGACUCUGCUGGUGAACUACACGCUCCAGGCCUCACUCAGCCUGGUGAGUCCCCGGCUACAAAGCUACUUUGGGGGAACAGUGAUGGGAGAGUCUGGCAUGAAAACUGUGGAGGACGUAGGAAGCCCUCUCAAGUAUGAGUUCCGGGUGAGCCCAAUGGGAGAAGGGCUGGCAGCCCUGGGGACCCUGGUCCUAGGGCUGAAGUGGCCCUAUGAAGUCAUCAAUGGCAAGUGGCUGCUGUACCCCACGGAGAUCACCAUCCACGGCAAUGGGUCCUGGCCCUGCCGGCCACCCGGAGACCUUGUCAACCCUCUCAACCUCACUCUAUCAGUCCCUGGGGACAGACCUCCACAGCGCAGGCGACGACAGCUGGACCCAGGGGGAGGCCGGGACCCCGCACCUGUCACUCUGGCUGCUGCCAAAAAAACCAAGUCUCACAUUGAUCUGCACUGUGGCGAUGAACGCAUCCGCUGUGUGUGGCUGGAGUGCCCCAUUCCUGAUGCCCCCAUCAUCACCAACGUGACAGUGCAGGCUCGAGUGUGGAACAGCACCUUCAUCGAGGAUUACAGAGACUGUAUCCGAGUCACAGUAUCCAGCGAGGCUAUCCUGUUCCUCCGAACGGGCGACCCCACCAUCCACAUGGAGAAGCAGACCGUGACGUUCUCCGUGGACAUAGACUCUGAGCUGGCGGAGGAGCUGCCAACCGAGAUCGAGCUGUGGAUGGUGCUUGUGGCCGUGGGCACUGGGCUGCUGCUGCUGGGACUCAUCAUCCUCCUGCUGUGGAAGUGUGACUUCUUUAAGCGGACCCGCUAUUACCGGAUAAUGCCCAAGUAUCAUGCGGUGCGGAUCCGGGAGGAGGAGCGCUACCCACCUCCAGGAAGGACCGUGCCCACCAAGAAGCACUGGGUGACCAGCUGGCAUACUUGGGACCGAUACUACUGAUGUCCUCUCUGAUCCCACCCUUGCGCCCCCAGUGUCCCGUUUUUCUAUUUAUCAUAAGUUAUGCCCCAACAGUCCACAGGGGCCACUGCCUUUGGCUGGCACCAGCAGGCUCAGGCACACAUAUCUCUGAGCACACGCACGUGCUGUCUGGCCACGAGCUUCUCCCCACAGGAGGGCUGGGGCCAUGGACCUUGCUAUGCCGAGCACACCGCCUUGUGUCCUGGACACAUGUGGGUCCCGCUGCUUGUGGACUGUGCCUGUGCACCACAGAUAAUGUAUGGACAUGUGUGUCCCAGUCUCUUCCUGUGCUAAAACCAAGCCAAAGGCCCUCUGCUAGAGCCAGGGGGAAAAGGUCCCCAAUGUGGUGACACCUCCCCCGUUCACACUGGACCCAUCUCGAGCCAUAGUCGCUGGAUGGACUCUGCUCUCAAGAUUAAAACUACUGACAGCAAACAGCCCAUUAGGCCCUCAGCUGUAGUCCCAUGCCAGAGAACAUGGGGUCUGCCUGAGGUUGUUUAAAGGGGGAGUUUGCAGGACCUGGCAUACUUGGACACAAGAGCAAAAUGAACUAGAAAGCAGGUCCCCAGGAUGGCUUUCUUUAACGGAUCGCUGUGAAACCUCUCUCCUCACCCACAGCAUGCACUAGCAAGGGAAUGUAGCCUGAAGGAACAAAGGUGAAUAAGCCACUAGACAGCCUGGACAUGCUGUGCUGGGCCCUCCCUGGGAGCAUGAUGGAAUCCUUAACAGAGGAGGGGACUGAUCCCGGACCAAGGAGAUGUUGGAAGGAUACCGAGGAAAUACCAUUUCUCACCCACCACUCCCAUUCCAACCUCCGAAGGGCCUGGAGAGAACCCCACAAGAUCACAGAGGGAGCGACGUUUGAAUGUAGGACAGGGAGGGAGCCCCAUCCCUGCCCCAUGGGCCAGGCCCCACUCUGUCCCCACCAACCAUGGGUUGGGGGCCUAGAAGUGGAGUUCUUGACUGUCCUUGGCCUUCAUCACCAGUUGGCUCUGCCUUCUCCCCCACGGACCCAUUCUGGAAGUUGAAGCUGAUUCCAGAACCCCACUCCUGCCCCCUGCCUGUUAGCAGGCUCCCUUCCCCCCUUCCAUGGUACUGUAGCAGGGGAGCUCCUCCCCCUCCUUGUGCCUUCUUUGUAUAUAGGCUUCUCACAUCAAACAAUAAACAGCUCCCAGUUUGUA